AUGAUCAAAAUGAGUAAGGCCGAAAUUUCUCUGAGCGAGCAAUAUCCUAUUAAAAUUUUAUGCGAUUUUAUUGAUACAUAUAAUGGAGAUCGUGAAACCUUGGCUGCAUUUUUAACUAAUUGUCAAAAUUCUCUAGGUUUAGCCUCUGAGAGUCAGAAAAAACUACUGUUAAAGUAUAUAUUAUCCAAACUGCGAGGCAAAGCUCAAAUUGCUUGUUCCAACAAGGUCUUCGAAGACUUUGAUUCUUUACAGUCAUUCCUUCGCCAAAAUUUCGGCGAAAGGAAACAUUACAGUCACCUAUUUUUCGAAUUACAAUCUUGUAGACAACAAGAUCGAGAAUCAGUGUCACAGUUUGCUUUACGCUUAGAGACCUGUCUCACAGAUAUGCAGACAGAAAUACACAAUUCUGAAACAACUAAAAAGGAUUUAUCUGGCAGAAUCGCAAUGACUGAAGACCUUGCUCUCCAUACAUUUACAUUUGGUUUAAAAUCCAAUCUCAGUAACAUGGUGCGGUGUAGAAAUCCGAAAAACUUAAACGACGCAAUCAACAUCGCUCUCGAGGAGGAAAAAAUCCAAAAUUUUACCUUUAAGAUUUCCUCAAAAUUAACUAAACAUUGUAAAUUUUGUAACAAGUCGGGUCAUUUAGAAAAUGAGUGUUUGAAUAAAAAACGAUCUCAAAAUCAAGCUACGACUUCAUCUAAUAUCGGGCCCCAAACAUUUUCUAACCCUCGGAUCCCAAAACAUCCUAGGCCAAGUCAAGUUAUUGAUGCUUUUUGUCGUUAUUGUAAAAAGACUGGCCAUGAUAUUUCACAGUGCUAUCGACGCAAAUACAAUAACUCUAAAGAAAAUAAUUCCCUUACUCAGCACAAUGUCGUGCCACAAUCCGAUGAAUCGUGGGAAGAUACUAAAGAACGCGACGAUGAUUUAAACUAA